AUGAUUCUAAACACGCUUCGCUUAAACCAGGAUAAGACUGAGUUCUUUCUAAUUGCCAAGAGAAAUGUCUCUGCUGCUCUUCCUGAUCUUCAUCUGAGCGUGGGCGCUUUAUCCAUUCGGAGAUCUACAUCAAUCAAGAACCUAGGUGUUACUAUUGAUGAAUCUCUCACCAUGACUAGUCAAGUUAAUACCAUAUGUAAGUCCGUCAACUUCCACAUACGUAACUUGUGGCGUAUUCGGCGCUUCAUCACCAUUGACGCCUGCCAUCAAGUCGUUAGAGGACUCGUCCUAUCCCGCCUGGACUAUGCUAACUGCCUUCUUAAUGGGGCGCGCGAGGCCGAUCUUACUCGUCCGCAACGCCUGCAGAACAAAGCAGCGAGGUUAGUUAUGGCUUGUGGACGGGACGUGCCCUCUAUCGACUUACUAAGAUAUCUUGGUCUACUCGACGACCCUUCGAACUUUGAGUUAAGCGGCACGGUGUCAACUGUUGGCCCGUCUACUUCGAUCUCUGCAUCCGGUGGAAAUCCAUCGGGUGGAAAGGCAAAGCCGAAGCCAAAGAAAAUGACCAACAAAUCAUCAAACGCCGGGGUUACUUGA